UGUAGGUGUGAUUUCAUCUUAAAACGAGCCAUUUUUUAUUUUUAAUUUUAAAUAAAGGACGAGUCAAUUUUGACUAGUUGUCUUCUAACCCUUUUCUAGUCAAAUUAAUUUGAUAUUCCAUGCAUGAUUGGAGUUAACUUUUUUUUUCUUUUUUCAGCAUUGAAGUCGGAUUAGUUUUUAACAACUCUAUUUACUUUUUCUUUAUCCUAAUAUUUUUUUAAGGAAAAAAAAAUAAAAGAAUAAAGUUAGCUCUCCCCAAAGGCCCAAAAACUAGGGGGGAAAAAAACGAAGAUUGAACGUGGUGGUGAUCAUUUUUGAUUUGGUCCUGUUGAGUGUUGUGGUAUUGCAAAUGGCUCGGGAGAAGGAUGGAGAGCAAGAGGAGAAGUACGUUUACAGGAUAAGCACCGCCAAAGAAUGGGAUGAUUUCCAGGUACAACCAACCUUGCUAAGAUUUUUUACGGACACUGAUCAGGAGUUAUACCUGCUUCAAGUUGAUUCAGACAAGCUUGGGGAUGGAUUGAUAUAUGAGCUUGUGGAGGGAACCCAUUGGUUCCCACAUUUCUACGGGCCAUCACGUAGUUUUGCUCCUCUUCCUCUUGAUGCUGUCACAAGGGCAGAAAAGAUCACAUUCUCAAAUGGCAAGUUCACGUGCAGUUUGCUUGAUUGAGAGGUUCUGCAGAGAGGGCAUCCUACAACUCAUUGCUAUCAGAACCUUCUGUUUAUUAGAUUAAAGUUAUAUGAAUAUGAAUUUCUGCCUCUGAACAUCAGAUCAUCUCUGCUUAUCAUUCAUUUCUGUAUGGAGAAACUUUGAACUAGUACUUGGUACUAUUUAUUUUAACUCUUCCCUGAAACGUUCAAGAUCACUCCAUUCUGUAAAACUUCUUGCUAUUUGUAUUUCGGGACAGCUUAUACGACACCUUUUUUCAAGUAGAAACUAUGAAUGUUUUUGUUGACCAAGUAUUUUCCUCAUUUUUGCUCUUAAGCACCACCUAGAAAAUAUUUGCAACUUUAGAAGUUCUGUUGACAGUUGUGUUUGUUUCUGGCAGACUUAAAUUACAACAUGCGGGGAUAGCUCAGUUGGGAGAGCGUCAGACUGAAGAUCUGAAGGUCGCGUGUUCGAUCCACGCUCACCGCACUCUCUUUUUCUUUUUCUAAUCCCCACUAAUAUAACUCCUUGCUAAACUACUAUAUUUAUACUACUAUUGGCCUGACUCUGGCUAUCACACUCAUCAGUCCAUAUAGUAGAAUUGCACUAUGAUUCCUAUUUUAAAAUUUGAAACACCCAACCAUGCUAUAUACACAUGCUAUAAAACAAAAAAAAAAA